UGGCCAGUAACGAGUUGAGUGUGGCUCAAACGAGUCGAACAAAACGGAUAACAAAAAAAAAACGCGUUUGAAAAGUGCAAGAAUUGUAGAAAGUUAACAAACAAAACAAUUUGAUAAAUAAAUAAAAAGUGCAACCACAGAAAGUGUGAAAAAUGUGUUCAAACUGCUGGAAAAGCUGAUGAAAAAUCGACUGAAAGUUGGCCAAGAUAAAACUCGUUUGCACAAACGCACACACAGAUACGCAGAAACGCACACCAAUGCAGCAAGAGACUUACGUUGGGAGUCUGAAAGCCAAUACAAAACAAUUAAAAUAAAAGAAGUUAAGUCAGUCGGCGUCGGCGUCCUAUGAAUCAUCCGUCGAGAAAAUAACUUCGAGCAGAGUGAAGCUCAUCCCCGCCCCCACCCAGUUAUGUAAGCUGAAGCGAACAACAGAAGCGGAAAUAACGGAAACAGCAACAAAUAUUUGUGUACAACAAUCACCCACUCAGCUAAUCAAUCAAUCAAUCAAAGCGAAACCGUUGCACAUGUCUGGCAAGGAAAUGCGUCCAUUGUCGCUCUCCAUAGGCGCCUCAUUGCUGCCCAGCUUCUCGCUGGUCACAGCCUCACAGGAUGGCGGAAUGCACAAGGAUUGCCAUGGCAAGAUCUGCAAUCCCGUGGAGGAAUACUGCUCGGUGUUUAGCGAGGCCUGCGACUCGUGUGCCACAAUUUGUGAUGCCAAAUCUCACAACUACCAAGCGGACACAUGCGCCAAGGAGUGUUCAGGCAAGUCCUACAACAGAUACGAACCCCUUAAGGCGGAAAUUCAUAAUAUACAGAGCAACCAGCAAUUGAUUUUGAUCCUGCUGAGCAUACUCCUCAUCCUCAUAGCCAUCCGUUAUGCCUACAAGGGUCUACGCUGGCUGCUGCGCAAGCGAUGUGUCCAGCAGAUGCUGCAGCGUUAUCAGACCAAGUCCUAUCCACAUGCAGGGACGGCUAAUGGCAAGGAUCUCAAUGCCACGACCAUCCAGAAUCUCAGUGCCAUUCGUCAUGGCAGCGACAUUGAGCGGGCGCCGUCACAGAUCUACAGUGUGGCCGGUAAGUGCGCUGCCGAGGGUUCCGUGCUGACACUGACGACGCCAGUGAGCACUCGCUACCCGGCCGAAAAUAGCACCACGCCGACUACGGUGGUGACUGAAAUUGGUUAUGGAUAUGAUAAUCAGGCCAUGGUUGUGACGCCGGUUUCCGAGAAGCCAACAACUGCCACAACGGGCGCUUUCUAGACUCCUUCCCUACGACAGACAAGCGAGCGCAGAAUGUGCAUCACAUUGAAACUAGUGAUAUUUUGUAGUUAAUUAAGCAAAAAGUCUUCGAAUGAUAUUGAAAAUACAG